AUGUUGAUGGGGGACUGCGCCAGCGUCUUCGAGGCAAACCCGCUGCUUGCGGAGAACUGUGCAAAGCUUGACACGCGUUAUGCCAAUGAUCUGGACAGCGUCAAUUACUCGGUCGUGCACGUAGUGUCGCUCAUGGUGUUGCUUGUCAAGGGCCCUCUGUGCGUGCUGUUGUACUGGCUUUUCCAAGUGCGCCAUCCCAUGCGCGACGCCCUCGAGUUUUUCACCGGUGCCACGCCAGUGUACGGCACGAUUGUGCACCUCAGCCAAGAGGCUAUCAGCGGCACGCCGAUCCUGGGCGUCGACUACGAUCUCAUCUUCAGUCGGUAUUUACCUCUUCUACGCUUGGUUUGCUGACAUCUUUAGGAUGUGUGCUGGUGCCUGCCGGUUUUCACUGUGCUGGGCUGGCGCAGCUACGUGCGGCUGCGCAACCACUGCACCCUCUACAUGAGACACCACUACCGCCGCGGCAGCGAUGGGCAUCACCGUGGGAGUCGCCUGGCUGCGCACAGGUGA